GAUGAAUCUAUCACUCAUUGAGUAAAGGCUUGGUAACAUAUUAAUGUACUGUAUGUAUGUUGUAUGUGUAAGUUAACAGCUGGUGUAACAUAAAUUGAAUUCAAGAAAUGUCCUCAGACAUGAGAGGAAACUAUAAACUAGUACACUCGGUGACUAAACACAAAAACACUGCAAAAACUGUUUCAUUUUAUUAUUUCUUUGAUCGCGUACAAUUAACUCCUCGGAUAAACCUGAACAUUAAUAGGAUCGAUUUCCGAAAUAUCUGAUAUAUAUCAGCCAUAACAUUAUUAUACCUGUAAAUUCCAUUUGAUUUGAACGCAACACAGCUGCCAUACAAAACGUGCGGAAGCAGCUCCUGCAGGCUGCUGUGGUUUGUCCCAAGCUAACCCGCAAGGCAGCCACCCCUACUCUAGAGGAAGGCGGUAGCUAGUUUGCAUUAACAACCAGUAUUUCAAUACCAUUCUUGUAGUGACUGGCUAACUUGCAGUAGAUAAAACAUCUGGGAGAAACCUUAAAGCUGCCUCGUACUCCCUGCGAUCUCGUCAAGAUGUCAGCUUUCUCUGAGGCGGCUUUAGAAAAGAAACUAUCCGAGCUCAGCAACUCACAGCAAAGUGUGCAGACGUUGUCGUUGUGGCUCAUUCAUCAUAGAAAACACUCAAGAACCAUUGUCAGUGUUUGGAUCAACGAACUGAAAAAAGCUCAGGUAUCACGCAAGCUGACCUUCCUCUACUUGGCCAAUGACAUAAUUCAGAACAGCAAGAAGAAAGGACCAGAGUUCACUCAGGACUUUGCUCCAGUCAUCGUUGAAGCAUUCAAACAUGUGUACAGGUCAGAUUUUACAAAUCAUCAAGAUGGCGAGGAGGGCUGUAAGAAACAGCUGGGUCGGGUUUUGUCCAUCUGGCAGGAGAGAGCUGUGUACGAGAACAACCUGCUGGAUCAGCUCUCACAAGUCCUAUAUGGAGAAAAGAAAGCUAAGAAGAGGACGUAUGAGGAGAUCCGACCAGCUGAUGAGGACUUUGCUUCCCAGAGCUCCCCAGCCGAGCCCCCCCAGACGGCAGAGUUAAUCCGAGCUCUGCAGGAGCUGGAAAAUGCAGCCUCUGGCGACUCAGUGCUGCGUCAGCGCAUCUCCUCCCUUCCUGCUGAGGUGCAAGACACGUCACUACUACAUAGGAUCACAGAUAAGGAAUCAGGGGAGCGGCUUUCCCGGCUGGUGGAGGAGGCCUGCAUGUUGCUAGCAGACUACAGCGGCCGAUUGGCGGCAGAGAUUGAUGAUAGGAGGCAGCUCACGCGCACACUAGUGGUCUUCCUGCAAAGCCAGAAGGACGGGCUCACCCAGAACGAGCAGAAACUUGAAGAAUACAAACGCAAACUGGCAAGGGUGACCCAGGUCCGGAAGGAGCUGCGUUCACGUCUGAACAAUCUUCCAGGAGGACUCUACAACUCUUCAAACUGACUGAAGUUUCACCUCAUGACCACAUACUGGACCCUCCUGCUACGGAAACAUCUCAACCUCUCUCUUUACCGUAGUUCUCUGUUCUUGGUUUUACAAAGUGUGGUGGUGACCUGUCGUUCUCAUUCAGUCUAACAGAUUAUUUAUCCACAUGAUUUUUAUUACCAUAUUUUUCUCUGUGAGCUCAUCUCUUUGUGCUGUAUGUUAUCAGCACAUUGUAAAUUAAGAUGCAUAAUCAUCAUGCCUUGGCCCCUAAGUUUCACAGCUUUAAAGUGGCACGGGUGAUGCUGGUGUGAUAUUUUUAUAUUUAUAGGGAUUUAAGAUAAUGCACCAGAGAAUAUCCCCUUAGUGUGAUCAUUUAUAAUAAUUCAGUGUUUUAGAUUUCUGUCAUAACUUUCUUUGACUAUAUUUGUAAAUGCAUCUGUCUUACUCUUGGUAAUAGAUCAGUGUUUUUAUGGAGUGUGAAAAGGCCUCUGAGGAGAACAGUAAACUUGUGGUAGUAGUAAGCCAUGUCCCUGAAAGCAAACCAAAAUGUGUAAUUAUCAUUUACGUAAAGCGUGGGAGGGGCCAGUCAUGGGUCAGUGUACAUACUCACAUUUGAAUGUAAAUAUGAUGGGAGUUAUACCUGUAAGUUUCCUUACAUCUUCAUAGUUGCUCAGACCUCCACUGUACUGAAAUAUGGAGUCCGUUGUCUUGUUUACUGUAUCCUACUGCUUCAUAGAUUUAUCCUUAAGUCCACACUGAAUGCUGUGAAGAUGCCUGACACAGCUUGAGAGGUGCCCAAAGCCAGACUGAAGCUGUUUGUUUUUGUACAUAUGAAGCAGAUUCUUCUUAGAACCAAAUAAACAGAAAAUGUACAAAUCUAUGCAGUCCUGUCUGCAGUUUAUGCCAUUUGAUUAGAUUGCAUUUGUU